AUGUUCACCUUCCGCCCCCAGCCGAACGAGUCGGAGGACAACGGUGGCCGGCCCUUCAUUCGCACCUCGCCCUCCCUCUCCGAACUCUCUGUGCAAGCCAUCCCUUGGCCUAGCAACCUUGUCGACCUGUCCCAGCUGCCCCAGGACACACUCGCGUCUCCCCCUCGCGGUGCCGCCAAGACCUUAUUCAUGGCCGACGCUGCCCACCCCGUUCCAUUCCACAAGGCGUGGUCGUCCCCGGGCAAGGCGACCGAUAGUCCUACAGGGCGUCCAAUCACGCCUUUGUACAUCUCCAGCCCAUCCUCCACGUUCGAGACUCGCAAGAGUAGCCAUGACGCAAAUUUCAUGACAUUCAAACCGGCCCUCUCAUUGGGAUGCUAUCAGGUUGCUGGCGCGCAAGGUGUUGGCAAGACUUCGGCGCUGCUGUCCAUCAUCGACACGCCCGGUCUCGACUUCCGGGAGGGACACGAGCUCAAAUUGGAACGCCAGGUUUCAACGAUAGUGAAGUACCUGGACUUGCAGUUCGCAGACACGCUGACCAAGGUGCAUGGCUAUCUCGGCUCCUCAGUGCAUCGCGUUGCCUCCCCUCCGUCGCGGUGCGACCGCGCCUUGAUGUACCCUCCUGGGAACUGCCAUUCCCUCCAGGAGUCAAAGGUCGUCCAUCAGAGCAAAGGAGACCAGCACAUUCAUUUGUGUAUCUAUAUGAUCAACCCUUCGUCCGUCCUGACCGAGGGUGCGCGUCGCGCCCAGUCCUCUUACCCCACCAAAGUGCACUCCGAGGUGACCGUCUCGUACAAGCCGCCCGACCUCUCGUUCAUGUCGGACGACACCAACUCGGAGGACGAGGAGAACAAGAACGGACUGACGACGUCCACCGCCGACAUCCGCGUCAUGUGUCGCAUUGCAGUGCACGCGAAUGUGCUCCCCGUCAUCGCGCGUGCAGAUUCGCUCAUGGAUGCGAAGCUCGCUGCGGUCAAGAAGGUCGUCCGGCGCGACUUGGCCGCGGACCUUGACUUUGGUGUGUUCGGGCCCGUCGUUGCCGACGAUGCCGCGAAGAGCCCGGCCGACGAGCGUGCCAACGGGAAUUGGAACGGGCAUGGGCACACGCACGGCACCAGCCACGGUAGCCAGCGCAGCGCCGACGACGCAGCUCAAGCCCACAGCGAUAGCAGCCGGCCUGCUGGCGGUACCCCCGAGCCGAGCCAGGAGAACGAGAAGUCUCAGAAGGAGGACACCAAUGAUGCGGACCAGCAGCAACAGCAGCAACAACAACAACAACAAGAGAACGACAACGGCGAAUGGCCCAUCAUCAAGCUGCAGCCGAU